CACCUAAAGCAGAUUCUUGUAGAGCUCUUAUGCAAGGAUAAUAUCCUCAAGAAUACUGAAAAUCUGCAAAUCUAUUUGCAAAAAUUUCAAUGGAAUUGGGGCUUAAUUGAAUUCUCUCACCUCUACUCUCACAACCUUUUACUUUAAAAUAAACAGAGAAAAUUAUGAAUUUUGCAGCAAGUUUUCGCGGGAAUUUCAGUCUCUUGUCGCAGUGUAGUUCCUGUUCCGGUCUUCGAUUUCAUCCAUUUCUACCUUCUUCGUAUCUUGAUUUUUCUCAGCCGAAACGCCGUUGUCGAAGUCUCUCUUCUUCAAGAUUUCGAGGGAAGAGGAAUGUGUUUGUUAGAUUGACUGAGACGCAGACUGAACCAGAUAGCAAUAAUGAUAAGGAAGAAGGAGCACCUGAAGAUGGAGAAGGGUCACCUUCAAAUGAUUCUCUUUUGCAAAAUAAUUCCCAGAGCCAUUCUCAGCCUGUAGAGGUGGAUAAUAGAAACAUUGAUGAUGCGGAAACUAAAGGUCAAGCUGGGGUUCAGGAUGUGUAUGAUGUAGAAGUCAGCAGUGGGUCACCUCUUCCAGGUGUGAAGCCGCAGCAAUUCGAUGAAUCAAUCAGGAUUUCAAAGGAAACAAUUGGCAUUCUUAAGGACCAAGUAUUUGGCUUUGAUACCUUUUUCGUGACUAGCCAAGAACCAUAUGAGGGUGGAGUUUUGUUUAAAGGAAACUUGCGGGGACAGGCUUCUAAAAGCUUCGAGAAAAUUACAACUAGGAUGCAGAAUAAAUUUGGUGAUGAGUAUAAGCUUUUCCUUCUAGUCAAUCCAGAGGAUGAUAAACCAGUAGCAGUUGUAGUUCCAAAGCAGACUUUGCAACCAGAGACUAGUGCGGUUCCUGAGUGGUUUGCUGCUGGAGCAUUUGGACUGGUUACACUGUUCACCCUUCUUCUCCGGAAUGUGCCUGCCCUGCAGGCCAAUUUACUAUCAACUUUUGAUAAUAUCAGUUUACUCACGAAUGGCUUACCUGGAGCUCUUGUGACUACACUUGUUCUCGGUAUACAUGAACUGGCACACAUUUUAGUCUCCAAAAGCACUGGAGUUAAGCUUGGUGUGCCAUAUUUUGUACCAAGUUGGCAGAUAGGCUCGUUUGGUGCUAUAACAAGGACUAAAAAUAUUGUCUCAAAGCGUGAAGAUCUUUUGAAGGUUGCAGCAGCAGGACCUUUAGCUGGGUUUUCUUUGGGUCUUAUUCUUUUUCUUAUUGGAUUCUUCUUACCUCCUAGCGAUGGUAUUGGUGUUAUUGUGGAUGCUUCCGUCUUUCACGAGUCAUUUCUUGCAGGAGGUCUUGCCAAACUUCUGCUUGGUGAUGCACUCAAGGAAGGAACUCCGAUCUCUCUUAAUCCCCUCGUGAUUUGGGCAUGGGCGGGACUUCUUAUCAAUGCCAUUAACAGCAUUCCUGCCGGAGAGCUUGAUGGAGGACGAAUUUCUUUCGCAAUAUGGGGAAGAAAGGCUUCAGCACGGUUAACAGCUGCCUCUAUCGGUUUGCUGGGGCUAGCUUCACUAUUUAAUGAUGUGGCAUUUUACUGGGUAGUUCUUAUAUUUUUCUUGCAGAGGGGACCCAUUGCUCCUCUCUCGGAGGAAAUCACGGAUCCUGAUGACAAAUAUGUUGCCCUUGGAAUUUUAGUUUUGGUCUUAGGAUUGCUGGUAUGCUUACCCUACCCAUUUCCUUUUACGGAUGAAGUCAUGACCAAUUUCUAGUCGUACAGAGGGAGGUAUACAAUGAAAUGUUAGCUAAAACAUAUACGUAUAUCUUCGCUUGGAUAGUAGCUGGUAACUGCAUCAUAGAUCAGGUGAAUAUAUAUAUUAUUCUAUUCCAUUUUUUUUUUUUUAAUAGUGAAAUCAAGUGUUUUUAAUUA